AUGAAAGUACUGAACUUGGUCAGGAAAUUCGAGAUACAGAGAAUGAAGAAAUUUAAAACCAUUAAGGAUUAUUCUGACAGGUUGCUUCUGAUUGCGAAUAAGGUAAGGAUACUUGGAACUGAACUUAAUGACAAUAGAAUAGUUCAAAAGAUACUUGUAACCUUACUUGAGAGAUAUGAGGCAACUAUUGCUUCAUUGGAGAAUACUAAAGAUCUGUCAAACCUUAGCUUGACAGAGUUAUUGAGUGCUCUACAGGCACAAGAACAACGAAGGAUGAUGAGGCAAGAAGGAUCUAUCGAGAGAGCCUUGCAAGUAAAGUUGAAGCUUGAUUCAAGUGCUGUCAGGGGGAAUAAAGGAAAAGGAAAGAAGGGAAAUUAUGGAAACUCAGAAGAUACAUCUGAGAAAAAUGCUACUGCCACCGCUAACAACAAAGAAGGCAAAUAA